UCGGGCCCGGCGGGUGCCGGGAGCCGAGUCCCGCAGACCUGGGAGAACCGGGAUGGGGCGUGUGAGCAAUCACUGUGGGGUUCUUGACCCGGAGUUUUGCCCUGCCUGACACUCUCGCUUUCUGAUUUCCCUCCCAGCCCCCCAGUGCAAGCACCCCGGGAAGGUCAUCGCGUGUGUGUGAGACCCAAGAGCUGGUGGUUCCUAGGUCUUCUCCCCGCUUCACUUAGACAUCCUUUUCUCAUUCCGUUACCCUAUGGCUACCUACCCUCCAAGGGUCCAUUUUCCCCAUAACUCGGAGGAGGCACCCUCGUUCUUUAAGGCAGAGCAAGAAGCGUCCACCUGAGAGCUGACCCAUAGCUACGCAUAGCCUUUUUCUAGGACCCUGCCUGUUUCCCCGUUAGCCUCAGAGUUGCCUACCACACCACUCUUCUGCUGUGACCCCAGAGACAGAGCCUAUCACGUCCCAUUUGUUUGAGGUUUUGGGGUCCUUCUGGGGGCACUGACAGGAAGACAAAGGUCUGGGGUAGCAUUACAGCAAGAGUUAGCAACCUUCUACUGGUCUUCUUAGGAGGCCUGCGGAAUCUUCAGACUUUUUAUACUGUGAAAAAAAGGACAGACCUGUAUACAGUUCACCGUAGAGUGGUUACUUUUUGGCUAACAGUUGAGGUACAGAGGCUUAAGCGGAUGGUAUGUUCGCACAGUCCCGUGGUGCCGGCAGCACAUCUGGCCCUGGAGCAUGCUUAGUCAAAAGUGUCAAGGAAAGGACUGCUGUUGCCCUUCGACUCUGGAAAUCUUCACUCGAGUCCAGUUAAGGAUCCAGGACCCUACUCCACCAGUUCCAGCAAGCACGGACAUUCUCAGCACUGUCGGCUACGACAGCAUCAUCCAGCAUCUGAACAAUGGCCGCAAGAACUGCAAAGAAUUUGAAGAGUUUUUAAAAGAAAGGGCAUCAAUUGAAGAGAAAUAUGGCAAAGAUCUGCUGAGUCUCUCCAGGAAGAAGCCAUGUGGACAGUCCGAGAUCAAUACCUUGAAGAGAGCCCUCGAGGUCUUCAAGCAGCAAGUAGACAAUGUGGCCCAGUGUCACAUCCAGCUUGCGCAUACUCUGAGAGAAGAGGCCAGGAAGAUGGAGGAAUUCAGGGAAAAGCAAAAGCUGCAGCGGAAAAAGACAGAAACUAUAAUGGAUGCUGCCCACAAACAAAAGAACUCUCAAUUCAAGAAAACCAUGGAUGCCAAGAAGAAUUAUGAGCAGAAAUGUCGGGACAAGGAUGAGGCGGAGCAGGCUGUCCACCGCAGUGCCAAUGUGGCCAACCCAAGGCAGCAGGAAAAGCUUUUUGUGAAACUGGCAACUUCAAAGACCGCAGUAGAGGAUUCAGAUAAAUCGUACAUGCUGCAUAUCAACAUGCUAGAGAAGGUCCGGGAAGACUGGCAGAGUGAGCACGUGAAGGCCUGUGAGGUGUUUGAGGCUCAAGAAUGCGAGCGCAUCAACUUCUUCCGGAACGCGUUGUGGUUACAUGUCAAUCAGCUGUCCCAGCAAUGUGUCACAAAUGAUGAAAUGUAUGAACAAGUUCGUAAGAGUCUGGAAAUGUGCAGCAUUGAGAAGGACAUCCAGUAUUUUGUGAACCAGCGUAAAACUGGACAGACCCCACCAGCACCCAUCAUGUAUGAGAAUUUCUACUCUCCUCAGCGGAAUGCAGCCCCACCGGGAAAGACCACAGGGCCCAAUGUAGCAAGGAGAGGACCUCUCCCAGUUCCUAAACGUCUACCAGAUGACCCUGAUUAUUCCUUGGUUGAGGACUACACUUUGCUCUAUCAGUAGCACCCGUGGUGAAAAGAAAGCUUUCCCCAGUUACUGCUUCUGUGACAUGAAAAGAUGCCCCGAGAGCAGCACAAUCCGUAACCAAAUCAUGUCAAUCAUGAAGACUUCGAUGUGAACCCUUGUGGAACAUUUUUUGGUAUUUUCAAUUUAUAGUAGACAUUUGACUCAACCUAGCCAAGUAGAGAUCUGCAGAGUUCUUUUUUUUUCCUCCGGAAGUUUACAUACUGCCCCAGAAGGAAGAAUUAUUUCCUGGUUAGUUACUAAGGUUAUGAGUGUUGUUUCCUGUCUGGAAAGCAAGGCCACUCUGGAUUCUGAGUGUCGGCUUGAGCAGGCAGGGCUGCCAAAGAUGCUCCUUGGGCGGUGAGAAGUAGGGGCAUGAAAACAGCGACGGCCUCUCUCAGUGGUGCGAUAUUUAACAUCGCCGUUGUUUUCGGCUGAAGGACUUCGCCACGUCCGAUCGGACUUGCUCAUUUUACAGAUGGGGAAAUAAGACACAGCAGGGUGAGAUCAGUUUCCUUACGAUUCUGACAGCCAAUGAGAAGAGACAGAACCAGACCUAGCCGAUAAGUUUGUUCUACAGCGCUAGUCUAUUCUUCUAGCCCUUCGUGAGGCUGCCAUGCUCGUGCUCAAGCUAAAGAAGGGCGGGCAAGUUGGAUCAGAGAGUAAAGGUGCUUGUGCAAGCCCGAGGUCCUGAGCUCCACCGCUGCAGCUCACAUAAGGGUGGAAGGCCUCCACAUGUGCUGUAGCACACACACAGCUGUGACUGACGUGCGUGCACACACAUCCCUUGCUGUGCUCUGGAACACUUAAAGAGGCAUUCUCUAUUUAGCUCUCUCCCUUUGUUACCCACACACGGCAGGAAGAUCACGCACCGUUUAUGUCGUAUUCACACCUGAGAAAGUGGAACACUUCAGUUAUGACAAAACCCAUUAGCAUGGCUUCUUAUCGGGCAUGUCAUAAACGCCUGUGUCACUGUAGAGGACAAACAAGUUCCUUUCCUCCGUACAGUAGAGUCCCUGGGAAUUUGGACAAAUUGAUUAAACUAAGAUUGAAAGCUGGGCAUGGGGGUGCCUGCCUGUGAUCACAGCAUGCUGGAGGCUGAGACAGGAAGACUUGAGUCUGAGAUUGGCCUGGGGACAUAGUGAGAACCCAUCUCAACCCCUCCCCCAUAAAAAGAUGGACGGUUUCCCCUCUUUCAAUAUAAGAUGCUCCCAGCUGCCACAGCUGCUUGUCUUGACAGGAAAUUUGCACCAGUCGGGCAUCCUUUUGAGAAACUCAUGUUUCUGACUUCCCCAAACUGGAAAGCCUCAGGAAAUUGUCUAUUGCACAUAGAAAAUUCUGUUUUUAAGUAUAUUAUUUAUUGUUGGCAAGUCCUCAAUGACUGUUUUCUAUCAAUCAGCAUAAUUGAUGUAAACGUGUUUCAUGAGUGUAGAAUAAUAUUUUAAUUUUAUUGCUUGUUUUUUUUUUUUUUUCUGCUUGACAUGAAGUAAAAUAAAAGUUCCUGAUGAUUUGG